UGCCGGGGCGGGAGUUCGAGUCGAGGCUCUGCCCCACAGCCGGGCUCAACUGCCUGCGCCCUCCGAGUCUUCCCCGACCUUGGGAAGUAUUCGGGACCCUCCCUUCCCUCCCGAAUUUAUAAUCCUAAUAACCUCCCGCUCCUCCCCGUCUGCCAGCCUCCGCCCUUGCUCCUUCCUCCCUCCCUCUCCCCUUCCCACCUCCCCGCUCGCCGCUCUCUGGAGGGAAACUCGGCAGCUGCUCCGGGGCGCGGGGUGAGGCGAGGAUCGCUGGGAUUUUUGUCUGCCCUGGGCGCAGAAAAGUCCGGCCGUCUCUGCCCAGCGAAGAGCGGGUUGCAUCCCCAGGCAUCACGUUCCCAAAUUAAACGUCCACAGGGGGAACUCAGGCAGACACCCCUCCUCUCCCGGGCUCCCCCGCCCCAUGUCCGCUGGGGAAGCUGCUUUGUGCCCUGGCGGCGGUCGCCACGGCGGAGGCGAUCUGUGGGUGAUAGUGUCUUCGAGAGACUUUGCCAUCGAUCUGCCGGGACUUGGGGAGAAAGAACUAGCUGCUUCCCGUCCCCUCCGCCACCAUUUCGGACAUCCCUCAGAGACUGCUUUGGGGUACCCUCGGACUUCCAGCAAGGACGAGAGGGCCUCUCUGGUCCCAGCUCGGGCGACCACCUGACUCUGACUUGUUGACUCCUCUCCCAUGACCCUGCGGUGCCUGGAGUCCUCCGGUAAUGGCGCGGACAGGACGCGGAGCCAGUGGGGGACCGCGGGGUCGGCGGAGGAGCCGUCCCCGGAGGCGGCGCGGCUGGCCAAGGCCCUGCGGGAACUCAGUCAGACAGGAUGGUACUGGGGAAGUAUGACUGUUAACGAAGCCAAAGAAAAAUUAAAAGAGGCGCCAGAAGGAACUUUCUUGCUUAGAGAUAGUUCACAUUCAGACUACCUACUAACAAUAUCUGUUAAGACGUCAGCAGGACCGACUAAUCUUCGGAUUGAGUACCAAGAUGGGAAAUUCAGAUUGGAUUCUAUCAUAUGUGUCAAGUCCAAGCUUAAACAGUUUGACAGUGUGGUUCAUCUGAUUGACUACUAUGUUCAGAUGUGCAAGGAUAAACAGAAGGGCCCAGAAGCCCCUCGGAAUGGAACUGUUCACCUGUAUCUGACCAAACCGCUGUAUACAUCAGCACCAUCCCUACAGCAUUUCUGUCGACUCACCAUUAACAAAUGUACCGGUACCAUCUGGGGACUGCCUUUACCAACAAGACUAAAAGAUUACUUGGAAGAAUAUAAAUUCCAGGUAUAAGUGAUUCUCUUUUUUUCAAUAUGCCUCAUGUAGAGUCUCUCUGAAUGCAGCUAUGGGAAAGAGAACAAAAACUGAGGGACUGCUGGAUAACUGCGCUGAAUUUUUCCUUAAGAACAGUGGGACUUAAUCUAAUUUAAAGUUGUGAAGAGGUAGCUAGGUAUUUUAAAGUUCCCCUAGAUAGUUUGAGCUGAGUGAUGCUUCUUACCUAUGGCUGACCAAGGCCAGAUGACCCUUUUCAAUGAAAAACAAUGCCCCAGUACAGGCUGAAGAGGCAUUGUUAUCAUUGAAUGCCUUGUCUUUCUCAAGUUCCUGAGCAAUGGGGUCAGAAGUCCAAGCUCCAUAGUAGAGAACGACUUCCAUAUGGAAUACUGAAGAAGGAAAGGACCCAGGCUGAUCAGGCUUAGCUCCACUUCUAGAUGCCUGGCCAUCAGUCUGUUUUAGGACAUUUUAUAUUUUGCAUUCUGAUGUACCUAGGAGUUUUGUUAAACCAAACUGCUUGUAUUUAUCCCUCAUUUAUGCAAUUAAUCAAAUCAACCAAAAAAAAGUAACAAUGAAAUCCUGUAUUUGUCUUUUUAUUACACGUAAAAACUCCUGCGAAUGAGUACUGUAGUAAUCCAUGUCAAGGGAGCCUUACUUCAGAAACAUUCAAACUGGUGCAAAUGGAAAAGAUUUUCUUUUCCUUUAAGGCUAAAGACAAGAAUGUCAUGCUAUACAGGUGCAACUCAACCCUUGAUAAUAAAAACCAAUGUAGAUAGAGACUUUUUACCCUUUGAAGUAGCUGUAUCUCAAACUAUUGCCAUUGAAUUUUUGGAAAUGGCUAUAAAAGUUCCCAGGUUGUCCUUGAAUUGUCUAACAGUAACAGUUGUCUCCCUUCUACCAUGUAGAAUACUUUGUCUUAAUUUUCUUCCAGAUAUAGGGGGAUACCUGCCUGUUUUUCAAAGUGUUUAUUUACUGCUGUUACUAUUUGAUUAGAAUGUAUUAAAUAAAAAAACCUGACUUUUACAAGUUGCAUUUAUUACUUUGAAUUGUAGAGAAUGUACAUUUCCAUGGUAAUAAAAGGUUGUCAUAAAGACUUAUAUCAAGUGAAAUAAAACAAGUCAUCAGUACGAGGUAGAACAUUAACUUACCUGUCUCCAAUAAGGGCUGUACCUGCCCUUCACACAUUUUAGAAAGCAUGGUUUACAAAGUACAGAUUGUUACAUAGCCUGGUAUUGUACAAGUUGAAUAGACACAAUACUGAUGUCUUUCCUGGUUUUAAAAGAAAAAUUAUGUCAUGGUCUGAUCUUUAACAAGUUGAAAAGAUACAAUACUUAAUAAAAAUGACCAAUUUUA